AUGGAGUCCCAGUUUCGUUUGUUGUCUAUAUUGGAUGAAGAGAAUGAACUUGUGGAUAUUACAGAUUCAUUGAAGCAACUUGCACUGCAGUUGAGGGCUGAUGAGAUCGUCAAACUACCUGAUUUUGAUCUGUUUGAAGGUACACAUGCAUUGGAGGUAAAUAAUGUUAAGUUGGACUCUACUUUGUUGGAGUUGACCCCUGCAGAAUUGGAAUUUGACAGUAAAAAGGCAUAUGGUGAGGAUAGAGAUGCACAAAUAGUGUUUGUGACGAGUGUUGUUGAUCGUUUAUGUCGUUCUAUUAUGGAUUGGCUUAAUGAUUAUCAGAGUCUACCUACCACUGUGUUAAGUUGUAGGUAUGUUGAUUAUUUGAGUGAGCGGUGCAAGAAAGUUCCAAAGGGUAAGCUUGAAGAGGCUCAAUUGAACACGGGCUCUGAGCUUUAUGAUAAAGUUUUGAGCACAUGUGUGUUCGCCACUUUUUCGUUAAUACAUUUCGUUGAUUCAUUGCUUCGAGCCGGUGUUAUUUAUGAGGAAGAGGACUUGAAUUGCAAUACGAUGGGUCUUUAUAUGCUGGAUGACGUCCCUGUUUCAGAGAUUUCGGACAAGUUGUUAGAAUGUCGCCAGUUAAUUGAAGAGAAGUACCCAGAGGGCAAACGGCUUCUGCUGUUGGUGUGCUUAUUUGAAAACCUGAUUAAAAUUCAUCAGUAUAGGCCAUUAGUUAAUCGUCCACCAUCUGAAAACGUUGAGCCAUUACAAAAUUUGAUAACUGUAGCUGAGGAAUUGAACAAAGACAAUUGGAUACAUGAACCACCUCCAGGAUCUUUCUCUAGGGGCAUUCAAAAGUUUCUGUCUAAUCAGCAUCCGCCAAAACAACUAUAUGAACCUACGGGUCAAGAAUAUUUAGCGUAUGGUACUAUGGCUAAAGAUAUUUUAAGCGUGUUAGAAGUUAGAUUUGCCAGGUCUGUCGUUGAGAUUAGACAAUUUGCAUGGUUCUUCAAUAGAUCAAGACAAAGACAUGUUAUUGCACGAGCACUAUUCCCGUUGUAUCUUAUGAGGGAUGACCAAUCCAUAUUGGGCAUUUAUACUUUUUCAGAUUUCACGCAUCAAACUGUAUUGAAUUUUGCUCUAUCUGGUACCCAAAUGGAAAAACACAUCCUUGAAGAAGGUGAUGAGGAAUUCAAAACGAACUUAAAUGAUUUUUAUCAAGAAAUAUCCGCUGCUCUGUUUGAGUGGUAUCAGAACAUGGCUCAAAACACCUGUAGAUAUAGGCAGGGUUAUAACCGUCAAUUGUUACUGUGGGAUUCACUUCAAGCGAAGCUCGAGCCAUUUGAAACAAAAUUGGAGUCCAAGGGAAUCAUCGAUAGAAUUAGUCAAUUGGAAGAUGUAUCUUUAAUGCCGCUCAACACUUGGGUUUAUUUUAUGAAGCUUAUUUCAAUGUUAGAGUUUACACUCAAAGGUUUCGAGUUAGAAGUUUACAAGUCUUGGGAAUUUUUUACAAUGUAUUGGUAUAGCUACUAUCUGGCUUACCAUCUUGGUUGUUGCCUACAACGUGUGCAGGCAUUCCUAGAAGAUAGAACCGCAUCUAUCCAAUCUAUGAAUAAAAAACUAAAGAAAUUGAAAUCAGGACCUAAAAAGGAUAAACUGCGAGCUCAAUACCAUGAAUUAAUGAACAACACCACCCCGCAGCUGCGUCAAAACCUGCAAUUUGUAAAUUAUAUGACCUCCGAGUGCACCCUGAUCAAAUCCCUGUGCCUGGCUCAGGUUCUUCAAUUUGGUAUCUUAGUGUCCUAUGGUAUUAUAGAUAGCAAUAACCCAGCGGCAACAAAAUUCUCAAAAAACGAGUUCCUCCAUGAACUGAGAUUCAAAACAUUUUCCUCAAUUGGUGUUCCAGAGUUACCAACCUAUGAAACUUUCAAAGAUUCUUUGAGCACAUUUACUUUUACAGAACCUGGAUUUGUUUCUAAAUGUAGAACGUCACAUCAGUUAAUAAAUAAAGAACUGGAAACUGCUAAAAGUGCAUUAGAGAAUAUAAUUAAAUCAUUAAAGUUCGCUGAUAACACCGAAGGCCAAAAUUCAUUCACAGGAAACAGACUUGUUGAAGAAUCCGCAUUAGAGUGGUAUUCAAAAUUAGAAAAAAACAUCUUUGCCUUGAAACUCAACGGGGCAGCCAUACUAUACAAGCUGGGUGAUGUGCCGUCUGAUGCCAGUCUCAAGAAAUACAAAGCCCAAGCUACUUAUGUUUCCGAUGCUUGUAAAUAUUUCCCAAUACUAAAGCUACAAAAUAUUUCCACUAAAUGA